AUGCGUUCCGCUCAGUUCCUUGCCCUUGCGAUGGCUGUCGCCACCUCUGAGGCCGUCUCUCAGGGUUUUAACUACGGUGCCCUCAAGGUCGAUGGUAGCCUCAAGACCCAAAGCGACUUCGAGACCGAGUUCUCAACCGCUAAGAACCUUGUUGGAACCGAUCAUGGUUUCACCAGUGCCCGUCUGUACACCAUGAUUCAGGGUGGCACCACCAACGGCCCCAUCGAGGCCAUCCCCGCUGCUAUCAAGGAGAAGACCACUCUUCUCCUUGGUCUCUGGGCUUCCGGUGGUGACAUGAGCAACGAGAUUGCUGCCCUCACAACCGCCAUCUCCACCUACGGCGAUGCCUUCACUGACCUUGUCGUCGGUAUCUCCGUCGGCAGCGAGGACCUUUACCGUAACUCCGUCAUCGGUGUCAAGUCCAACGCCGGUCCCGGUGUCGAGCCCGCUGAGCUCGCUGACUACAUCAACCAGGUCCGCUCCGCCAUCUCCGGUACUUCCCUGAGCGGUGCCCCCAUCGGCCACGUCGACACCUGGAACUCAUGGACCAACGGCUCUAACGCGGCCGUCGUCGAGGCCGUCGAUUGGCUCGGUUUCGAUGGAUACCCCUACUACGAGAACACCGACCCCAACUCCAUCGACGACGCCAAGGCCCUCUUCAACAAGGGUGUUGAGAAGACCAAGGCUAUCGCCGGUGGAAAGGAGGUCUGGAUCACCGAGACUGGCUGGCCCACUUCUGGCGCCACUGAGAACCUCGCUGUCGCCAGCAUCCCCAACGCUAAGCAGUACUGGGACGAGGUUGCCUGCCCUCUUUUGGGUCUUCGGUGUCACUGGUUCUUCCACCGACACCACCCCCUGUACGACCUGAGCUGCAAGGCCUCUACAUCUUCCAGCUCUGCUGCCGGUUCUUCUAGCACCUCGGCCUCCGGCCUCUCUUCCGCCGCUUCUGCUACCUCCACUGCCUCUGCUGGCUCUGGUUCCGGCUCUGGAUCCUCUGGCUCUGGUUCCGGCUCUGGCUCCUCCGGCUCUGGCUCCUCCGGCUCUGGUUCCUCCGGCUCUGGCUCCGGCUCUGGUUCCGCCAGCUCCUCCGUCGGUCCUUCCUCCGCAGCUGUGACCGGUGGCACCCGCCCCUCCACCAAGCCCAAGUCCAAGAGCGCUUCUGCCUCUGCUUCCGCUUUCGCCACUAGCUCCGGCUCUGGUUCUUCCCCUGCUGCCACCGGUGGCAGCAACCUCGGCUCCGGCAACUCUGGCUCCGGCGCUGGCUCCGACUCUUCUUCCCCCUCCGCCUCCCCCAGCCUCCCCGCCAGCUCUGCCACCCGUGUCGCCGGCUCUGCUGCCGGUGCUCUGGUGAUUGCUCUCGCUCUUGCUUUCACUUUCUAA